AUGUCCCUUGAGCUCUCUCGGCAUGGGGAAGCCAACCGAUCGGACAACGAGCUUGGAAAGAAGGACGACACCCCGAGCAAAAGUCCAGGGAAGAGUCGUGGAUGUUGCGUUAGCUUGCCGUUUUUGGUGCUAGCCGAAGUGCAUCACCACCGAAAACUGCUUCCCUUGGCACUGGCACAAUUGCUGCUGCUGGCUGACCAGCCGUUACUUCCAGCCAAUAUGUCCCAGGUGGCCAAGGAAUUUCACUUUGAUGGCCCACAGAGAGACGAAAUGCUCGGAGGCAUUGUGGCCAUUGUGUUUUUCAGUACUGGCGCGCUCUUUUCCUUGGUCGCUGGCCGACUGGCAGAUCUGAUGAAGCGAACCACUCUGGUGUCGUUUUGCAUGCUGAUCGGCGGUGCCGGGACCUUCGCCAACUCCCGCGUGCAGCACUUCGGCGCGCUGCUGCUGUGCCGCGGCGCCGUGGGCGCGGCGCUGGGCGGCUUGCUGCCGGCGAGCUUCGCGAUCGUUGGGGAUAUGUAUCCUGCAGAGGAGCGACCGCACGCCAUAGCAAUGAUGGCGGUGAUCUCAGGGUUGGGCCCCGCCUUGGGUCAGGGCCUCGCGGGCUUCUUGGGCUCCGCGGCGGGCUGGAGGGCGCCCUUCGCGCUGGUGGGCGCGGCCGGGCUGUGCAUGGCCUUGCUUCUCUUUGCACUCCAAAAGGAGCCAAGGGGAGCAGAACAAGAAUUGGAGGAACAGAAGAACUAUUGCGGAGCUUUAUGUUCUGCUUUGAAGAAGAAGACAGUGAUACUCACCUGCCUCCAAGGGGUCUUUGGCUGUGUGCCAUGGGCAGUCAUUUCCACCUUUCUCACCGACUACCUCGCGACCAACGCACACCUGGGCGUGCCGGGCGCUACGGCCGUGCUCUUCAGCUUUGGUAUCGGUUGCUUCGCCGGUACCGCUUGUGGCGGCAAGCUGGGGCAGCACCUCUACAAGAGAGACAAGAGACUACAAGCGUGGCUCAUGGCCAUCACCGUGUGGGGUGGUAUGGUGCCCUUCUUCAUCCUGUUCUCAGCAGCUGGUGCCUGGGGUCACCCAUGGCUCUUCCAUUUUCUGGCUUUGCUUGGUGGUUUGCUGGCGCCGGUGGCGGGCGGGAAUGCCAAAGCCAUCCUACUGAACACGGUGCAGACGAAAUCCCGCGGGACUGUCUUCGGCGUGUACAACAUUAUGGAUGACUUGGGCAAAGGCCUUGGUCCAGCUUUAGUCUCUAGCUGGGUGCGGCCACUGGGAAGGAGAUCGUCUUUCAUGCUGGGGAUUUUGUUCUGGUUGCCCUGCGGGCUUUUCUGCUGGAUGAUGACGCGGACCGUCUUGCGGGACGACUUGUCUGAGAUCCAAGCCGAAGAAGCAGUGGCGCGAGAGGCCUUGACUGUGAAAGACCCAGACGCUUUGGCCUACCUCUCUCUAUUCGUCCUCCAUGGCGGACAGUCCAAGCUCCAAGCCCCAAGCGCGGGCCGCUGCAGUGCUCGGACGGCCCAUGGAGGAAGUCAGCUUCAGAUCCCCUCUGAUGCGCCGAGCUUCGUCAACGGACUGGCGGCCUCCCGAACAGCGCUGCGAGCGCCUGUGGUUGCGAUGCAGUCCGAGAAGGUAGACAAGAUCGUAGACAGCCUGAAGGAGCUCACAUUGCUGGAAGCCUCUGAGCUCGUGAAGGCCAUCGAGGAGACCUUCGGCGUGGAUGCCUCCGCCUCCGCCGGGGCUGUGGUCAUGGCUGCUCCUGGUGCUGGCGGUGCUGCUGAGGAAGCCGCACCUGAGAAGACGGACUUUGACUUGAUCUUGAAGGAAGUUCCAAAAGAGAAGAAGAUCGCAGUGAUCAAAGCCAUCCGAAGUAUCACAGGCUUGGGCUUGAAGGAAGCGAAGGGCUUGGCAGACAAUCCCGGCAAGAUCAUCGAGGGCAAGCCCAAGGAAGCAUGCGAGGACGCCAAGAAGCAGUUGGAGGAGGCCGGUGCAAAGGCUGAGAUUGAGUGA